AUGGCUAUUGUUAUAAGAUUUGUAGACAAAGAUGGUUUUGUUCGAGAACGUUUUUUCGGGGUAGUUCAUGUCCCCGAUACUACGACAUUAACCCUAAAAGAUGAAAUAUAUACUAUCUUAUCACAUCAUAGUCUGGAUAUUCAAGAUAUUCGAGGGCGAGGAUAUGAUUGUGCAAGUAAUAUGCGAGGUGAGUGGAAUGGAUUAAAAGCUUUAGUUUCAAAUGAUUGUCCAUAUGCUUAUUACAUUCAUUGUUUUGCACAUCGCUUGCAAUUACCAUUAAUGGCAGCAUCAAAAGAAGUUAUUCUUGUUCAAAGUUUUUUUAAUAGAUUAUCAUCUAUUGUCAAUGUUGUUGGUGCUUCAUGCAAGCGUACUGAGCAACUAAAAAAAGCUUAUGUUGAUCAAAUUGCAUAUUUUGUUGAAAUUGGUGAGCUUGAAGGAAGAGGACUUAAUCAGAUUAACACAUUACAACGGGUUGGAGAUACUCGUUGGGGUUCUCACUUGAGAUCGAUUUCUAGCUUGAUCACUGAUGCACUUUGUCAAGCUUUGCAAUGUCAGUCUCAAGACAUUUUAAAUGCGAUGAAUUUUGUUUCAUCCACUAAAGCACUUAUUCAAAAAUUCAGAGAUGAAGAGUGGGAUAAUUUACUUACCACUGUAAAAUCAUUUUGUGAGGCACGUGACAUAGAUGUCCUAGAUAUGAAUGCUCGUUAUGUUAAGAGAGGAGUGGAAUUGCUUAAUCUUAGUUCAGCUCUUGAUCCUAAAGAGGCACGUGAGUCCUUUAGAAGUAUAGACAUUUUGUUGUUAGUGAGCAAGUUUUAUUCGAAAGACUUCACAAAUCAAGAAAUGACACUUUCAAAAACAGAAGUUGAUCAUUAUAAGCACAAUGUAGUUCGGCAUCCGGACUUCAAGAAGGUAUCAAUUUCUACUGCAACUACAGAGCGAGCAUUUUCAGCCAUGAAUAUUAUCAAGAAUAAGCUUUGCAACAAGAUGGAAGAUGAUUUUCUAAUGGACUCUAUGAUUUUGUAUAUUGAGUAG